AUUUCUCUCUACCAACUUAGUCAAAAUUAAUCACAUUUUUUUAAAAAAAUAUUAUUAAUUUAUUUAAUUAACUUAUUUCCCCAACCACAAUAUCCCAUACCCAACAACAUUAUUAAUAGUAGAAUUCUUUAAAGCUUGCUAGCUUUAUAAUUCUCAUAAACCUAGCUAACAAUCUUUAGCUUUGUAAUUAUCUUGAUUAUUGUUAUUAAUUAAAAGCUAAAGAUUAAGAAUUAUUAAGGAAAUAAUUGAAAUGGGAAGAUCACCAUGUUGUGAGAAAGAACAUACAAAUAAAGGUGCAUGGACUAAAGAGGAAGAUGAACGUCUUAUUAAUUACAUCAAAGUUCAUGGUGAAGGUUGUUGGAGAUCUCUUCCUAAAGCUGCCGGUUUACAAAGAUGUGGAAAAAGUUGUAGAUUAAGAUGGAUAAACUACCUUAGACCAGAUCUCAAGAGAGGCAAUUUCACCGAAGAAGAAGAUGAACUUAUCAUCAACCUCCAUAGCUUGCUUGGCAACAAGUGGUCUUUAAUUGCUGCCAAAUUACCCGGAAGAACAGACAAUGAAAUUAAAAAUUAUUGGAACACUCACAUCAAAAGAAAGCUUAUUAGUCGUGGUAUAGACCCACAAACUCAUCGUCGACAAAAUUCAGCCAAUACGACUCCAAACACCGCCACCAAUACAAAUGCGUUAACAAAACUCAAUACAAACAAUUAUCACAAUAAAAAUACUAGCAACAACAAUAACACGUUUCAAUUGAUCAAUGUACGAGGUUCAACGUUACAUUUUGGGCAUGGAUCGAAUCUGGAGUACGACUUUACAACCACUGACAAGGGACAUGAAAAAUAUUAUUGCACUAGUAUUAUGCCUACUAUUAUUAGUAAAUCUUCCAAUAUUAUUAAUGAAGAUUCGAAUAAUAGUAGUAUUGUGACCAUUGAAGAAGGUUACAAAGAAAUUAAUCUUGAAUUAUCUAUCAGUCUUCCUAAUUAUUCUUCCAAGAUUUCAUCUAAUCAUGAGGUUAUGAAGAAUCAACAACAUUACAUGAUGAGAUACCAUGUUUUAGGGAGUGCUUGUUUGUGUUCUACUUUAGGGUUCCAAAAUAAAGAAAAUGAGUGUAAUUGUACUAUGCCUAUUAGUAUGAAUUAGCUAAUUCUUCAUGAAUUUAUUAUAAGUCUAGCUACAUUGAUCAUUGGAAUGUCUUCUUUCUUUCUUUUGGAGCAAUUUACAAGCAGGGUCGGAGAAAAAAUACACCACUUUUAGAGACUUUGUUUAUUUAUGCAAAUGUCGCCGCCUAAAAACAUGUGAUCAAAACAAAAGUAA